UCAAAUUCAAAAUGUUUUUAUUUAUAUUUUCACUGAUUUUAAUUAAUUAUUGUGAUUCUAGUCGUAUUUUAGCCGUUUUACCAACACCAUCGAUAAGUCACAUGGUAAUUUAUCGUCCAAUAUUAAAAGAAUUAUCUUUACGUGGUCAUCAAGUAGUGGCAAUUCUACCAGAUCCGAUAAAUGAUCCAAAAUUAGUGAAUUUAACAGAAAUCGAUGUACAUAAUGUAUCAUAUAAUAUUUGGGCACAAGAAAAUCGUUUAGCUGAGACACGAAUUGAAAAAGAAUCAUUUUUCGGAUCGUUUAAAAAUAUGUUUAAAGUAUUGUUAAAAGUUUGUGACAGUGAAUUGAAUCAUCCACAAGUGCAACAGUUAAUCCAAAAUGAAUCGGAGCAUUUUGAUUUGGUUAUUAAUGAAUGGUUAAUGUAUGCAAGUACUUUUGCUUUUGGAGAACGAUUUAAUUGUCCAAUUGUGGGUGUAUCAUCAAUGCCUUUAUUUAUUACUGGCCAUGAUACAAUUGGAACACCAACAUAUCCUGGUUAUGUACUAGAUUUCAUGAAAUUAUCUGGAAUGGAUUUAACAUUUUGGGAACGUAUUGAUAAUUUGUUGUAUUCAAUUUGGUUUCGAUUAUUUUAUCAUUGGGUUGUGUUGCCCAGUCAUGAUGUGGUAGCGAAAAAACAUUUUGGGCAGAGUUUAAAGUAUGUGGGAGAUAUUGAGAAAAGUGUUAGUGUUGUUUUGGUUAAUACGAAUCCAAUAUUUUAUGUAAGUCGACCUUUACCACCGAAUUUUAUAGAGAUUGGAGGAAUUCACAAGAAAGAACGGCGUCCAUUACCAGAGCAAUUAAAACAAUAUUUAGAUGAAUCAUCAAAUGGCGUAUUAUAUUUCAGUCUUGGAUCAAAUGUAAAAAGUAUAUCGUUACCAAUUGAUAAAUUAAACAUUAUUUUUAAUGUAUUAUCAAAAUUACCUUAUAAUAUUUUAUGGAAAUGGGAAUCCGAUGACAUUCCAUUUAAGUCGAAGAAUAUUAAAUUCUCCAAAUGGUUACCACAACAAGAUAUACUUGAUCACCACAAUGUGAAGUUAUUCGUUACCCAAGGAGGCUUGCAAUCGAUUGAGGAAAGUAUUCGAAGUCAGGUUCCAAUGAUUGGAAUACCAUUUGCUGGUGAUCAAGAUCAUAACGUUGCCAGAAUACAUAGUUUGAAGAUUGGAAAACGAAUUUACUUGGAAGAAUUAUCUGAACAAUUACUUAAUGAUACAAUAUUUGAAAUUAUUACUGAUAAAAGUUACAAAAAUAACAUUGUGGAAAUAUCAAAUCUAUUAUGGGAUCAACUGACAGAUCCAUUGGAUCGAGCCAUAUGGUGGAUUGAAUACGUAAUUCGGCAUAAAGGUGCUAAACGACUACAAAGUGGACUUGUACAUAUGCCAUGGUAUAAAUAUUUAUUAUUGGAUAUUUUAUUAUUUUUUUUCCAAAAUCUUAAUACAGAACUCGCCAAAUUCAUGAAAAAUUCAACUCAUCAUUUCUUUUUUCCCAAGAAUUUUAGUGAAUGUGAUUUUGGACUAACAAUGAAAGUGUUAAAACACGUUUUAUUAUUUUUAAUUUGUACAUUAAUAGAAUUCUCAGAAAGCUCUCGAAUUUUAAUAAUCGUACCAACACCGUCAAUCAGUCAUAAUGUAAUAUUUCAUCCAAUUAUUAAAAAACUAUCCGAACGUGGACAUGAAAUCGUUUCAAUUACAACGGAACCAUUAAACGAUCCAAAAUUAACGAACUUAACAGAAAUUAAUGUACGAGAAAUCUCGUACAAUGUAUUCGAAGAUAAACAUUUAAUGGCUGAAAGUCGUUAUCAAAAAAUAUCCAAUUUUCAAAUGUUACAAAAUUUAGCAGAUGUUUUAAUAACAACAUGCGAUGUACAGUUAAAUAAUACCGAAGUGCAAAAUUUAAUGAAAAGUGAUCAAAAAUUUGAUUUAUUCAUUGUGGAAUAUUUAAUUUAUCCAGUGUUUUAUCAUUUUAAAACGAUUUUUAAUGUUCCAAUGGUUGGGAUUACAUCAAUGUCAUUACCACUAGCGCAACAGGAUGCUAUUGGUGGAUUUGUUCAUCCUGCUUUCCAUUUGGAUACUGUCGGACUCUCGUCGAGGAAUUUACGCUUUUGGCAGCGAUUGUUUAAUUUUAUUUAUUUAUUUCAAUAUCGAUUGUUUUAUCAUUAUUUCUAUUUGGAAAGGCAAGAAAAAUUAGCGAUGAAAUAUUUUGGUAAUGUUAGUAAGCAACGUUUAUGGGAUUUGGAGACAAGUGUGGAUUUAGUUUUGACAAAUACAAAUCCUAUUUUUAAUAUACCACGGGCGAUUGUGCCACAAAAUAUUGAAAUUGGCGGAAUUCAUUUGAAAGACAGUAAAGAGUUACCAAAAGAUUUGAAAUUAUACUUAGAUAAUUCACCAAAUGGAGUAAUUUACUUUAGUUUAGGAUCGAAUGUGAAGAGUAAAACUUUGCCAAUAAAUAUUCGAGAAAUGUUUCUAAGAGUGUUUAGUCGCAUGAAAUAUAAUGUUUUAUGGAAAUGGGAAAAUGAAACUCUAAAAAAUAAACCAGACAAUGUAAUAACUAAAAAAUGGUUUCCACAGCAGGAUAUUUUAAAUCAUCCAAAUGUAAAGCUGUUCAUCACUCAAGGCGGAUUGCAGUCGAUUGAGGAAUCAAUUCGAAAUAAAGUUCCAAUGCUUGUGAUUCCAUUUAAUGGAGAUCAACCGUAUAAUGCUCAACGUCUAGUCGAUUUAAAAGUAGCGAAGAAAUUGGAAUUCGAAGAAUUAAAUGAAAUAAAUGUAUAUGAUGCUAUAGAAGAAAUUAUUCAGAAUUCUAGGUAUAUUAAAAAUAUCGAAAAAAUAUCAAAUUUAUGGUGGGAUCAACCGAUGAAACCUUUAGAUCGUGCCAUUUGGUGGAUUGAAUAUGUAAUUCGUCAUAAUGGUACACAAUUUUUACGAACACCCGUAGCCGAUAUGCCCUGGUAUAUGUAUUGGAUGUUAGAUACAAUUUCAUUUGUAUUUGGUACAAUUUUGUUGAUUUAUUAUUUAAGUCGAACGAUUUAUAGAAUAAUUUUUCGUAUAAUUACGGGAGAAAACAAAAUAGUAGUGAAAGUUUUAUAUUAA